AUUCUCAUCUUUUUCAGAGCCAAGGAGUUCAAGACCCGUUUGGGGAUUCUUCUUCAUAAAUCAGAGUUUGGUUAUAAAUUUGGAAGCUUGAGCAAGGCUACGAAACAGAGAUACUCCUUGGAGGAAGUACUUGGAUGGAAGGAAUCUUUUGAUAAUCUACUGAAAAGUAAAAAUGGCGUGGCAGCAUUCCAUGGAUUCCUUAAAACAGAAUUCAGUGAAGAGAAUCUGGAAUUCUGGCUAGCAUGUGAGGAGUUUAAGAGAACCCGCUCAAAAGCAAAACUAGCAGCCAAAGCCAACAAGAUCUUUGAAGACUUUGUCCAAAAUGAAGCCCCCAGAGAGGUGAACCUUGACCAUGAAACCAGAGAGGCAACUAGGAGGAACAUUACUGUUGCCACUUCUGAUUGCUUUGAAGAAGCCCAAGCUAAAACCCACACUUUGAUGGAGAAGGACUCUUAUCCUAGGUUUCUGAAAUCUGACUACUACAGAGACCUCACAGAACAAGCGACUAGCCACAGAACAGGCAAGCCUGUGCACACAUGAGCCUUCCCUGGCAUCAUUGUUUAGAACUGCACAGAGGGGGAGGGAAAGAGACCUGAGAGAAGGAAGGAAAGAGGAGAAUCAGGAGCUGGAGUGGGAAGUGGGAAGAGCUUCUGAGUGGCAGAGAUCUGGCUGGGAUUUUAUUCUGGCCUGGAUGCCUGGGACCUCUUAAUGCUUCCAUGCACCCAGAAGCUCUCCUAAGGAAGGGGAAGCCCUCUGCAUCGCAAUAGAAAGAGGGUAGGUGGAAGAAAACAAGCUCAGAUGAAAAGUACUGGAGAAUCUUGAACAAGGAUGAAUUUGCUCUCCAGGUAAAGGAGGAAAAAAAAGCAAAAGGACGGCUGAAAAAAUAAUGGGAAGGUUGAAUUCCCCUUGAAAACUGCCACCUACUGUUGAAUGUUCUAUGUUUGUGGAUCCAUCUACCUACUCCAGUCAAAGUCUGUCCACUCUCAAAAAGCCAGUUUCCUCAUCAACACACAUAGGCUACAAAUUGUUCAUAGCACAUGUGGCUUUGUGAUCUCCACCGAGUGCAUGUCAACGUCUGAAGCCUGCCUCAGCUCUCUGCAUGCUUCUGCACUGCUGGCUGGACGUUCCAGGGCUCAGCAUCCUAAUGGCACUGGCAUCGCUUUGUGUUUGCACCCAGAAGAAUGUUGCAUUGCUUCGUUCCAACAGCAUUCAUAUAUCUUUGUCUUUUGCUAUGCUGGGCAAGCUUCCUUCCAAUGACAUCUAUGGAAGACACAUGGACUUAGUAUAUUGUACUUCUCCAAGCCUUGUAUGCAACCUAUUUUUAAUUAUUUAUAUUUGUAUUUAUUAGUAGGAUAAUUAUUGUUCUAUUUAUUUGAGUAGGGCAUUAUCAGUGCACAGCACUUUAGAAUCAGGUGCUACAGACAACUCAUUGCAGUGAGGAGCCUACAGUUGAAAAUGGACUAUUGGACAAUAUUGUACAAUAUGUUAAAAAGUAUGUCUUACCAAGAGAUAAAGAAACAGGGAGAGACAGGGUCAGAUCAACCUUAAAAAUCUAGCUGCAUAAAGUUAAUUAGCCCAAAACAGUUUCUGCUAUCCCAGCUGUAUAUGUUUGUCAAUAAACAUUUGUGGCAAGAUAUUAGGGAGAAAAUAGUGAGAGUUACAAUCCAGAAACUGUUGGAGAGCCAUAUAUUUCCCUAUUAGAGCAGAAUUCCUUUGUGGCUUCACUCAUUCUGGAUGAACAUUUCUAUAGCAAGCCCUGCUGAAAUGGAUGGUGAUCAUGCAUGGCCUUUGAAACACACAGGAGCCAUGUUCAGAUACAUUGUGCCUGUCAACCAUCAACUACAAAGAUGUAGCUGAUGCAUCCUACCCAAAUCAGGGCGAUGUGGCUAAAGCCAUAGUAGCCAAUGUGGCCAGUAGAUUUUUUGUGCAACCAGUGAUUUGAUUUCAGAGGAACAGCAUGCUGUUUAAAAGAAUAUCAAUGGUAUUUUCAAGCUGGAAAAAAAUAGAACCUACUCAUCAGGGGAAGAACUAAUUCACAUGCAACCAGCUUUCUCUUCAUUUGGUACCCUGUUGCAGGCUGUUCACAUAGCAUCCUUUCCACUACACAUGUGGCAGCCAGUCUGUUGUUGCAGUCUUGGAAACAAGCACUGUGCUAGAUGCGAGACUAGUCUUGACACUCUGUGGGAUAGCCACUGUGAUUUUGCACUGGUCACCUUGCCUCGCUUGUUGUGUAAUGGAAAGAGUCCCAGAUUACAAAUGGGAUGGCGGUACAGGCCCACACCUGCUUCCUCCUGCAAGCCUAUGCCUAUAUGUACUUUCAUACAUUGUGAAUGCAUACUAAGGAAGGUUGUUGGAGCCUCCUGUAUUAAUAAGGGUAACCAUUAGUGGCAAAAGAAUAUGUAACUGGUUUGUUUGAAUCUGUCCAUAUAUUCUGUCUCCUUCAUUUGUCAGGCUGCUGAGUACAGUGUAUGUUCACAGCAUAAACUUAUCUAGAAUUAUUAAUGUGAUUUAAGUAUAGAAAGUGGCUGGAGAAUUGUAAACGCACAGCUACUAAGCAAUUUAAAACUUUGGCCUGGUUCAUGAAUGUAUGUUCUUUACUCAUUGAUUGUAGCGUCGAUUCAUGUGUGAGUGAAUCAUCACGGUGUAAUAACUGCACACAUAAUGUUCAUAUUGUCAAUGUUAACUCAAAUACAAAUGGUUUCUACUGGAGUUGCGUUCCAUAUUCUGCUGAGUCUCACUCAGUAAUAAAAUGGUAAGACCAAACAGCAUAAA